UCUUGUGAUUCUCACGAAUAUUCGCUGUGAUUCGUAUCCAUUCAAGAACUUUGCAUUCAAUCUAUCGAAUAGGAAUUCACUUUUCUAUUUAAUUUUGUUCGUCACAUAUCAUCAAAUAAACUCUCUAAUAAUGCCACCAAAAACGCGAAAUACGUCUGAUAGUGUCGAUGAUAGCGCUGUUACACUGUCCGACAUUGCAGUUAUGUUGAAGGAGGCCAAGGAACAUAGAACUAGAAUUGAAUUUGACCUGGGAAAAUCUCUUAACCUAUGCCACGAGAAGAUUGACGACUGUGUGAAAGCUUCAGAAGCUCAAUCUAAGAAAAUUCAGGAGUGUCUUGACAUAAUAGCCGGUUUGAAAGUUGAAAAUAACAUCUUACAGAAAAAGGUGAAAGAGCUGGAGGACAAACUUGAUGAAGCCGAGCAGUAUUCACGGAGGAGCACAGUUGAAAUUUUUGGGAUACCGCAGGAAAAAGAUGAAAUCUUGGAAGAUGUAGUUAGCAGGUUGGGAGCAGCUCUGGAUAUGAACAUCGAUGAAUCGAUGAUUGAUGCGUGUCACCGACUCGGAAAGCGACAAGGAGUUGAAAGCCCCCCUGGAAUAGUCCUCAGAUUCGUCAGUCGGCGUUCGAAACAACUACUGUUGAAGAAAAGGAGGGAGAAGAGGAAUUUGACAACGGCGUCCAUGGGUCUCUCUGUAAGUAAUCCAAUUUACAUAAACGAUAGUCUCACGAUUCGUAGAAGAAAACUUCUCAUUGCUGCGCGAGAAGAAAAGAAAAAGAAGAAAUAUGCUUUUGUUUGGGUCCAGGAUGGAAGGAUAUUGAUGAGAAGGGAAUCGACUGGCCCUAUCAUUCCAAUAAACUGUCUAGAAGAUAUAGUAAAAAAAUAGAGGUAGCCUGGGAUUACUAGAUCUUUUCUUGUCUUUAUCAUGUAGCCUUAUUCUCAGAUGUGAAAAAUUAUUGAACUUUAUUAUGUUUGCGAAAAAGUUAAAGAAUUUAGUUAUUAAUAUUUAUUUAAAUUUCUUCUACUUCUAUUAUGGGGGAUAAUCAUUAUAUUAAUUCGUUUCUAAAUCUAUGUGAAGUAAAUAUGGAUAAUCUGAUUAUUGUUCAUCAAAAUAUACGUAGUAUGCGAGAGAACUUCCAAUCUUUCAUGAGUGAGUUUCUUGAUGAGAAUGUUCGUCCGCAUAUUUUUAUUUUCUCAGAAGUAUGGAUAAAGGAACAGGAAAUUGAUUUUUAUAAAUUGGAUGGUUAUAAUGCUUACUAUGAAUGUAAUGAAAAUCACAGGGCAGGCGGAGUAAUUGUUUUCAUUACCAAUAAAUUCAAAAGUGAGUUAACUCAAGCAGAUACAAGUACAUUUGAUGUGUUAAAUGUUAGUGUAGAAUUAACUCCUAGGAUUAAGUUUGCUCUGUUAGCUGUAUAUAGAUUACAAUCUUAUAGUGUCACUGCUUUCACAAAUGAAUUACAAACAUUCAUGGAAAAUAUAAACGAUAAAAAUUUAAUUAUUUGUGGAGAUCUGAAUAUAUGUGUUAAGGAAGUAACUCGUGAAAAUUAUGAAUAUCUAACACUUAUGGCUAGUUUUGGUCUUGAACAGCUGAUAAAUGCACCAACCAGAGUUAAUAGAAUGAGCUCCUCAUCAAUUGAUCACGUUUUCUAUAGAACUCGAGAUAACAUGACAUGUUCUGCUGGUAUCGUUAAGAUUGAUGUGACCGACCAUUACCUAAUUUACUGUCUCCUGGAUAUAGGUGACAUAAUAAAUCCUAGCUCCCAAAACUCUUCUAGCCUAGUCAAUUCUAUUUCUAAAUUUAGCUAUGAAAUUUUUUAUGAACAUGUGAAAUGUAUUGAUUGGAUUGAUGUGUAUGAUACUAAUGAUGUGGAUGUUGCUUAUCAAUUAUUUCUCAACAAAUUAAUAACGGCUGCAGGAAGAUCAAAGGUAGAGGCUCCCAAAAAACGCAGUUAUAAACCACUACAACCGUGGAUAACAUAUAAUUUGUAUCGACGCAUAACUAAACGAAAUCAACUAUAUA